AUGGGUAUUACGCCUAGUAAAUCAAGACGCGGCUCUAAUAAUUCUACUACUAGUGAUGAUGACGGUGCCGAAGGUGAUCCGUUUAUUCAACAGGGACAAUCCUAUAUUGAAAAGAGCCAAGAACAGCAACACUUUCUACGUGCUAUAUGGGAUGGAAAUUUUGUAUCGCCUGUUCGAGAACCACUUUCCGCUGGGGGUGCUAAAGUACUUGAUGUUUGCUGUGGAUCGGGUGUGUGGCUUUGUGAUAACGCCACGGAUUUCCAAAAUUCCAAAUUUGUGGGUAUCGAUAUCGUGCAAAGACUUCCAAACGAGCGGCCACGGAACGUAGAAUUUAUAGUGGCUGAUGCUUUACAAAGGUUCCCUUUCGACGACGACUGUUUCGACUUCGUCUAUUUGCAAUUCGUGACGUUGUGGUUCACUGAACAACAGUUAAUUGAAACUAUUUUGCCAGAAUGUGUACGAGUCCUGAAACCAGGUGGUUGGUUUGAAUUAAGUGAUUGUGACGCGCACUUAUACACAAAAGGUCAAUUAGGGACAAUAUUAAAUAUAUAUUUUGCUCAACAGCUGAAAAAAAGAAAUUUCAAUGCUUUUGUAGGAAAUCACCUAGAAUUCUUUUUACAAAACACCGGUAAGGUACAAAAAAUUCAGAAAAGAGAACUGGAAUUAACUAUUCCUAAUCUCAAUGUAUUCGGAAAUGGAAUGGGUGAUAUCGCGUGUAAAAUGUUUGCACAGAUAGGAAUAAAUAGUGGAAUUGAGUUGGGUGUACUAAAAGAAUCAGAUGCGGAGAAAAUUACGGUGGAUUCUAUGCGAGAGGCACACGAAAGGCGAGCAUAUUUCAAAUUUUAUAGAGUGAUUGCAGAAAAAAUUUCCAGUUGA